AUGGCUACUGCAUCAGCGACUACUAUUCAUAUCACAAACGUCACUUUAAGUCCUAUUAAAAAUUGGGGUAUUGUGAGUGGUAAUACCACUUUUGUCUCGGCAAGUCCCCUAAGACGUUGCCAUAGGCUUACUACUACUACUACUACUACUACUACUACUACUACUACUACUACUACUACUACUACUACUACUACUACUACUACUACUACUACUAGUAAUAAUGAUAAAUCAGGCAACGGUGAUGGUGAUGAUGAUGAUGAUGAUGAUGAUGAUGAUGAUGACGAUGAUGAUGAUGAUGAUGAUGAUGAUGAUGAUGAUGAUGAUGAUGAUGAUGAUGAUGAUGAUGAUGAUGAUGAUGAUGAUGAUGAUGAUGAUGAUGAUGAUGAUGAUGAUGAUGAUGAUGAUGAUGAUGAUGAUGAUCACGACGACCAGGAGCAGCCUUUGGGAGGUACCAAACGACGAUUUCGUGUCCUGACAUCGUCGCCUUAAACUGACAGAGCCUGUUGCAGGCUUAUUUUAGAAGAAGGUGAGUAGAAGAACACAGCGCAUCUUCCUGACGUGCUGGAAAAAAUAAUCUACUAGUGGGAAUAAAAUGGAACGUCCGUGAAACAAAUUCACGCAAAAGCAAGGGGAAGGGAACGAAAUUAUGGUGGUCUCUUGCUCUAAAACCAUCUGCCUGGUUGGUUGGCAGUGCGAAGAGAGCAAUGCGCUAAAUCCUUUUGGCUGAUACCUGUGCUGUCAGUAUGGCAAACCAUUUGUACCAUGUGCCAUCCAUGCAGCCUCCGGAUGCUUUCGCAAUUUCCAGUGAUGGGAACAUGCGCACAGCCAGGUUUACUUUUUGCCGUUUAGGAGGUGGAAAACGGUGUUUGUGCAGGACUGGGCAAGGGUGUGGUUUACGGCCGGCGUUUCUUACUCCGGAGAGCAUUUGUGCUGAGCAAAAGAGCUGAAUAUCCAAGAACUUUGUGCUAUCACAACUUGCGGUCCUCCAUAUUGUCACCAAUUAGAAGGGGACACUAUUUUUGCCAUUUGGUGAUGAUAAUAGAUGAAUUUAAUGUCCCUUUGUAGACAUUGUCAAAGAAGGUACUGUAUUGUCGUGUUUUUACUCCGAUGACUACCUUAAAGCAACUUGACUGUUCUUAAACCGCGAGGUUUUCCUAUUUCUUUCUCUGUCACGUACAAAUAAACACCUCUAGUUAUUUUCUUUUUGCACAAAUGUUCCCCGUACUAAGUGACCCCGGCCAUAAACUAUACCCUUGCCCAGGACUGUGUUCGAAGUAGCCUGAGAAGUCUGUUGUUGAUGCGCAUAUCAGCACUAAGACGACCGACCACUCACUCCCGGGUAAUUAUUCGCCCAUUGAGGCCUCCCAGAUGGGUGAGCUUUUCCACCAUCGUCCUAAAGGAGUGCAAGUUCUCAUACACAUUGUCCGCUAAUAGUUCAUGGAGCGCCGACACCAAUAACUGCGGCAAAUUUCUGCCGGAAGAGCAGUGAUCUUAACGCUGGGAGUCGAUCGUUUAUUCCUCUUGGGAAGGCAAUAGGCUUCCUUGUGCAGCCAUUUCGAAUGUCAAGAACGAUCACUGAACCGCAUCCCCCACUCCCCUCGACUACCGAAUUCCACUUUGUGUCACGACUUUUGUUUACUGUGAAGACUACCAAACUUUGCCUGGGUUGUCCAUAAAGUGAUGCCGCCUCCUCCGAAGGAAUAUUCUAAUGCUGUAUAAGAGGUCGGGUGCGGCGAGUUGUGGUUGACUGCCUAUGCGUAUCACAGAACGGUAGGCCCACCUGAACUGAAUGGACCAGACAGUGCCCAAAACUUCGCUGCCUGCCUUGCUCUAGUUUUACUCAUCAGUCGUAAUGGUUGCCGUGGGAGAUCACGCAGAGAGCACAGCUACGUGAGGUCACCGUUGAAGGCCGUACGGAACUAACAUCAAACGCGUCAAGGUUCAUGGAACAUUUCAUUCCUACCAGCUGUAGUCCCUACCUAGAGGCUCCACACACCACGCAUUUCCAACUGUCCCAUAAUGCUCACCGUCAACUGAAGACCGCCCAACAUGCUCCAUAGGACCUAACGAAUUGAGCGGACCCCCUUGCUCUGACAGUUCUUGACAUUUGCGCGGCACUGAAGUCGGGUCUGGAUUUCAGUGCAGCCGAAUUGCUUUUCGGGGCUGCUCUCCGACUGCCAGGCGAAUUGGCUAUCCCAGCCUGUCGGCAUUACGACGAGAGUCCUGACAGCUUUGAGCGUCGUCUACGUCAAAUUACGAAUCUGAUAUCCCCGGCUCCGUCUCGAACUCCACCGACCGAGUCUUAUGUCGAGAAAGACUUGACCGACUCCACUCGCGUGUUCAUCCGGUGA